AUGACUGCGUUGAUCGUAGAUAUAACCGUGGGAUCAACGCUCGACAGAAUAUCCGCCACCUCCUUCUGUCGAGAAUCGAGAUUGAGCAACGACUGGUCAAUCAGCGCACCUCGGAUAACGAUCAUAUCGGAGAAGAUAUCGAGUGCUAGACUCAUGCUCGCGGAUGAGAACAUAGCGAUUGUGGCAAUCAGCAUAACUAGGUUGAAUCUCGACUUCAGACCCUUUCGUCUUGAGUGGGCUCGGGUGUGUUAG